CAGAGAAAACGACAGUUUGAAUUCCGAGCUCGCUCCGAUCGAAAGCUAUAGAAGAGUUGUUCCGCGGUGAUACGAUUGUUCCCAACUCCUGCGUGCGCAGAGGUAUGCAUACGGUACAUUGUGCAGUAGUGAAAAAAUAGUGUUUUUCUCCUGUUACUGGUGUUUCCGCAUUAGAAUUCCGCUCGAAAGUGACAGUUCCAUUUAGUGUCGUACGGAAACAAGUGCGGUGGCAAAUUUUCGGAUCCCGGAAGUGCAGAAUUUUUUUUUUGGUUUUUUCCUACAAUAUCGUGGAGCAGAUCAAACCAGACCCGUGCCAGCGGAGAAAUUUUGCUAAAAAAUGGCGGUAAACGUGUAUUCGACCAAUGUGACAACAGAUAACUUAUCCAGGCAUGACAUGCUAUCGUGGGUUAACGACUGCCUCCGGUCCCAGUUCACGAAGAUCGAGGAGCUGUGUACGGGUGCCGCUUACUGUCAGUACAUGGAUAUGCUGUUUCCAGGUUCAGUGCCGAUGAAGCGUGUCAAAUUCCGUACCAAUUUAGAACACGAAUAUAUCCAAAAUUUCAAAAUCCUGCAAGCGGCUUUCAAAAAAAUGAACGUCGAUAAGGUCAUUCCGGUGGAUAAGCUGAUUAAGGGACGUUUUCAAGAUAACUUUGAAUUUUUGCAAUGGUUCAAAAAAUUCUUCGAUGCCAACUAUGACGGUCGAGAGUACGACGCACUGGAGGCACGAUUCGGUAUCCUGCUAGGUUCGGGUGCGAUCCAAAACGAGCUGGGUGUCGGCGAGCUGCCGAAGCGACACAUCCAGGCACCAAAAUCGCAGAAGUUACCCCCUCACCACGUUUCAUCCACUGUGUCCAAAGUCACACCCAGUAGACCAACAGCACCGAUGGGUAACCUAGAGCGCCGACAGAUCGGCGGGGUUGGCGUCACAACCAACGCCAGCAAAUCCUCCUCGCAGAACAGCGUGACGAACCAGCAGGUAGAUGAAUUGACCAAUCAGGUGCAGGAUAUGCGGUUACAUCUGGAAGGACUGGAAAAGGAACGUGAUUUCUACUUCAGCAAGCUGCGAGACAUUGAGAUAUUAUGUCAAGAGGACGAACCAACUGAUGCGCAAAAUGAGCUGGUCCAAAGAAUUUUGAAUAUUCUGUAUGCGACGGAGGUAGGUGACGGUUUCGCACCUCCGGAUGAUAUGCCUCCAGAGGAAGAGGAAUAUUAAAGCUAAUCGGUGGUCAAGCUGACACACACCCUUCGCCCCACUGUUCCAGGAAGAAGGAAAGACAAAUAGGAGAAACAGCCAUUCUAUUUUCAACUGUCAACAGUGUGAGAUCAAACAAGACAACACAGUAAAUAAGAGGAAGCUGUAAUUAAAAGAUAUGAGAGAAAUAAGAUUGCGGUAGUGAUGAGUUUUUUUUGUAUUUAAAUAUUAUUCAGUAUAUUAUCGAUACCAAUUACCAACGUGACUAACUAGAGCAGUUGAGUUUCGACAGUAAAUGAACAGCGAAAGAAGGAAAUCGCAUCAGGUUAGAUAGAAUGUAGAUCCUCUGAAAAUAACAACAUCGAUUACGAGAAAGAGGUAUCUCGGCAUCCCGUUUACAUUUAGGCUAAAUCGUAAUUGACGCAGCAUAUAAGAUUUCGUUCAAGCAUUUCCUUAUAUCCCAACGGAAGACAAUAUGUGUAUCGCAAGUAUUUCGAAAGGGUGCAAAUUUACCUAUCCUACAAUUAUUGUUAAUAUGCAUUUUCUCGUAUAUUGUAUGAUAUGGCUUGAAAAAUUGUGUUGUCUACAAUGUUUUCUUCAGUUUGAAUGCUUAAGGCCAAAUAUUAAAAAAAAAAGAUCAAUAUUAGCAAGGCCCAUAUCGCGCUCUACACAACUCAGUAAUGCAUAAGCCUUGUUACUCAUAAUAAAAAUUAGUAUCCAAUUCCUACAAAACUUUACCCUGAAAACUACCGCUAAAAUACCUGAUGUUAAACGGAUCACUAUUUUUUUGAAACAGUGAUUCACAAUGAUCGGAUUUUUACUCUGUGCUACUAGUGCAUAGCUACAUCAUAGAUAGUGCAAGGUCAUAAAUGCAGCGCGAAUGUUGAAACAGUACUCAUUUUUAUUUGUAAAUCAAUUGUGUGAGAACAACGUGUAAGAUGAACAUACACACAAACAUUAGCUCAAAUACUCUGUUAAAAUAAGAACGAAAGAAAAAAAAUCAACGUUCUCCCAAAUGUAUUAAAAAUACAAAAACGGACAAUGUCGCGAUGCUACAGCUGACGAAAGAAAUAUAUCACGAUCAAAGUUUGCUGCUUUUUUGUAAUCUAACAUAACACUAUAAAACACUUUGAAAGCAUUUCUGUUUUGUUAUCUCCUAUCGCUGGCAGCGAAAGUUUCGACUCUAUACAAAACAGUAUGUAACAUAAAACCAAGAAAAAUAUGAAUAAAAAAAACAAAUCCUAACAAAUUUCGGUUCUAAGGAAAGCCUGUUUUUUUUCUUCUGUACACGGACAUUAUCACUAAUGUGAAUUUUUUUCAUUCAAUAGAAAAUACCGUCACUGAAGCAAU